AUGGCAGACACUACGGUCACGAUCCCCUCCGACCAGGGCAUAGAAUCUGCCUCCACAGCCCCCUCCCAGGCCAUAACCCUUUCCGACCAGGGCAUACCCCCCGAGGCUUUACCCAAACCCCUAGCACCCCCGAGAGUCCGCGGCCCCUCGCGCCUCGAACAGUUGAACAAGCUCUAUGCCCUUCCAACCCCUCUGCGAACCUUCCCUCUCCCGACCUUUGUCCCCCACAAUCCCCUCUCCCUCUUCCACAUCCUCUACAUCUGGGUCUCCCAAUCUAUCAAACCCACGCCCUCACACAGCAACCCAGUCUUCCAGGGUUGGCUCUCCCCGGAUACGCGAUCAGUCCACGUCACGGACGCGCGUUCGGUUCGAGGAUUGUGGGAGCAGGGGUUCUAUGGAAAGGGGACCCUUAGUCGCAGUGAACCCACAUGGCUCGACCGAGAAAACACCCGCCUAGGAAACAAAAAGAAAAAUAUGAGGCUUGAGGAUGUCACCAGGGCGAGACGUGCGCAGCGGCAAGCCACCAAGUGGGAGCGCGCAAGAAAGGAGAGAGAGGCCAUUGAAGUCACGCUGCAGGAAGAGGCUGAAGCUGCCUCGCAGUCGGGUGCAGCUAUUGAAGAUGCGAUUAGCGAAGAUAGCUGGACUGAGGUAGAUUCUGUGGCGAUGUAUCCAAUUGAAUCCACAGUACAACAAGAUCCCGAGCCCACUGCGCCAGUCGGUCCUAUGGAAAUACUGGCGCUGCCAAACUCCCAGACCAAACGGGACAAUCCUCCAAGGGCCAAGGGCCAAUGCUUUGCAAAAGAUGUCGACGAGAAGUCUGUUCAGAGGCUAUCCACCUAUCCAGUUGGACCAUUAGAACUGCUAGCUCUCCCAAAUUGUAUCAAGUCGCAUCUGCAAAACAAGUCGCAUCUGCCUACCAAUUUGCAUCUGCCAGUUACACCACGAAAGAGCCAAGAUUCCCUAUCCGACCUGAUCUCUAAAUCCCAACCCAAUGGCCACGCCGAUGCCAAUAUCAUCAACAUUGCCAUUCUGGGGCCACAAGACAACCAAGCCAAGCCCAGAGCUCCUAAGACCAAUAACUCAGCGCUGGAAGUGUCAAAUAUUACAGGCGGCUCCGAGACGAAUGAUGAGAUCAUGGGUGGAUCUCUUCGCUCUGAGGAGAAAACAGACACCACCGACACUGGUUCAACUCCAAUCAGUGGAAGCCCCAUAACCCCCGGGAUCAAACGUCAGAAGAGCGUUCGGUUCUCGCCUACCGUCGAGCAGAACACGUUCAUGCAGGGCGAGCCUCCAAGUCCAGAACGAGCCUUAACAACAGCCGCCACCACCUCAGGAACAACCGCCACCAUCUCAGAAACAUCCGACACCACCUCAGAAGAACCCCCAAUCGCCAAAAACCAAGAACACAUGCAGCUCACUCUUGAAGAAACCUUCUUCCUCUCCUACGCCCUCGGCGCCCUCACUGUCCUCUCCCCCUCCACCAACCUUCCCAUCCCAAACACAGAGCUGUUCCACCUAUGCCGCCAGACCUCCACCUUCCCGCCCCUCCUAACCCCAGCCCUCAGCCCCGACGACCCCUUCACAACCAACUACGUCGUGUACCACCACUUCCGGUCCCUCGGCUGGGUCGUACGCCCGGGGAUCAAGUUCUCCGUCGAUUUUAUGCUCUACCUGCGCGGGCCGGUCUUCACGCACGCCGAGUUUUGCGUGCUGGUCCUGCCGUCGUACUCAGAUCCGUACUGGCGCUCCACCGAGGCGCUUGCGCAGUACGCGAAGGCCAAAGAGCAGAGGACGUGGGCGUGGAUGAGCUGCAUCAACCGCGUGGUGACGCAGGUGAAGAAGACGCUGAUGCUGACGUAUGUUGAUAUUCCUGCGCCGGUGAGUGCGGAGCGGGAGCGGGAGCUGGGGAUUGCGGGCGUCCUGGCCAGGUACAGGGUGAGAGAGGUGGUGCUGAAGCGGUGGUCGGUGAAUCGAAUGCGGGAUUGA